AUGGCACGAAGCCAUGGCCAAAGCAAUGCCAUGGAUGCGAAUUCCGAGGCAGAGGAGACCUGCAUUGGAUGCUCACUUCAGCAUUUGGAUAUUUCUCUCGUGCUGGUCUGCGGUCACCGAUUGUGCCUCCAAUGCGCUUGGCGAGAGUUGCAGGCAUCGAGAUACACCAGCGCCCGCUGCCCACGCUGUUCGUCCGUGACAAAGGUAGAUUCAAGAGCUGCGGAACAGAUCCGGGAAUUUAUGCGCAAUGCAUCGCCCCACCCAAGUCCUUCUCCCGCAAACGUGUUUCAGCGGGAGUAUUGCGUUCUGCCAAAGUUAGCAGAGCGCUGGAAGCGACCGGAGCCAGGCAUCCGUAGCAUGCGAUUGAGGCCGCCAUCACGGGGAUCUAACCAAAGCCCCGAAAUGUCAACAGUUUCACCGACCACUCCCCCUGCUGAACAGCUGGACGAGCUUGCAGAUGGAGCCCUUUGUGGCCAGUGCCAAGGCACUCGUGCUGACGUUCGUUGCCGCCAAUGCAACGAGAUCUUCUGCAGCGCGUGCUCGGCGCGAAUGCACAAAGCAGGCCGAAUGCGCGAGCACAAUCUAGUGCCAGUCACAGCGCUUUUGCCUGAUCGAGUCCACGUUGCCCGUGACAGCAGUGAAAGUGCUGCAAGUCCUCAACUGAUCGUGGAGUCAAGCCCGUGUCCCGCGACAUGUCCCGUGCAUGCAGGCGAGCCUCUCCAAUUCUUCUGUCUGAGUUGCGUUGAAUGCAUUUGCGCAGAAUGUGUGAUUCAUGUGGGUUCCGCCCAUCACGACCACGAAGUCGUGAACGUACGGGUUGCCUUCCAGCAGCUCUCACAGCCCAUCAAACAGGCAUUGGAGACAGCCGCAGCUCGCCUUCAGGCAAGUCCAAAACGGAGGCAGUCAGAGCUGCUUCCUUUGGAGGAUGCUUUCAGCAAGAUGAAGCUUGACGUUGUAAAUACAUUUGAAUCCUUAUUCUCUUCUUUGAAGAACAAAGAGGAGGAGCUUGUACGUGGAGCUAACGAUUGCGGCCGCCUCCUGGACACGACCAUGCUGGCGAAAGCCCGGGACUACGAGGCACAGCUUGCCGAGCUGGGUCGCCUUCAGGCUAUGUUGGAUGCUCUCGCUGACGGCCAAACGGUCAUGGACGAAGUCCAACGACUUAACCUUUAUGUUGCAGUCAAGGAUGGCUUGGCCUCGUUGCCUUUACGAGCAAAAGUCUCAGGCAAAGUGGCCUCCGCUGACGAAGCAGGGUCCAUUGAGGAGUCGGCUGCGCAGGAGGUCCAAGAGUUCGCCGAUUCGUUGGUGCAGGGCAUCGCUGAUACCCUGCGAACCAAGCAGACGGAAGUCGACUCUCUGAUCUGCGAUCUGCGUGAAGCCUGUGACCUAUCCAGUGGAUGGACUUCAUGA